GGAUGUUGCUCAAAUCAUAUGUGCACCCCCGGAAGGGGCAGGAGCAGGUUGAUGACAUCACCCUAUGUUGAAGGACUGCUGAGGGAAGAAGGUGGAGAGUGGUAGCGGUGGAAUCAGGUAGAGGAGUUUAUUAUGGAGAUGGAACUUUAACCAAUAACACAUUGGAGAUAUUUCAUAAUCCCACCAAAAAGAUGGAGGAUAAAGGUGACAAUGACGGCAGUAUCUGUGAAGAUGAUCUUGGUAAUAAGCUAAAAGUGCGGAAAAGGCGUUCUGCUCGCAGGUCGUCUCGCCUAUCUGCAUCUGUUGGAAGAGAAUCCACUUCCCGUACCACCGUUACUGCACCCGGUGACCAGACAAAGGCCUCAAAUCCUGACUCUUGUAAGGAGGAAAAUUUAGAUGGCCAUAAUGGAUUUUCAGGCCAGCAGAAAAACAUUCGGGUGAAAGAAGAACAUGUGUGCUCAGGGGAAGAAGACCUAUCCUGGACAGUAGAAGAUGUGUCCUCCAGGGAAGCGGACACAUCUGGGAAAGUAGAUGUGUCCUCCAGGGAAGCGGACACAUCUGGGAAAGUAGAUGUGUCCUCCAGGGAAGCGGACACAUCUGGGAAAGUAGAAGAAGAUGUGUCCUCCGGGGAAGAAGGUGCAUCUUCUGGGGCAAAUGAUCUAGGGAACAUUGAGACUUUUAUAGUUCAAGACUCUCCCGUUACUCAGCAUAAACGGAAACGGGACGUGUCGAAGUUAGGCCGAUCCAAAGAGAUCCCAGAGGACCUCAGGAAGCAAGUUGUUGAAGCUCAUAAGAGCGGAAAGGGUUACAAAAAGAUCGCCAAAAACUUGAAUAUGCAUCUGUCCACAGUCAGAAAGAUCGUUUACAAAUGGAAAAAAUUCAGCACGGUCGCCACUCUUCCUAGGAGCGGGCGUCCUACAAAGAUCAGCGCGAAGGCACGCAACACAAUCCUCAAACAUAUAAGGGACAACACCAUGGUGACUGCAAAAGACCUGAAGGCAUCUCUGGCACUUGAUAAUAUCAACGUUCAUGAGUCUACUAUCAGGAAAACUCUGAGCAAGUGGUGUUCAUGGGACUUUACCAUGGAGGAGGACACUGCUCCUCAACAAGAAUAAUUUGGAGUCUGACUCAAGUUUUCUGAAGACCACUUGGAUUUUUCACAGCCCCAAUGGAACAAUUUUCUUUAGAAAAACAUUAAGCUGUUUUAGUAUACAGUGGAACCUCGAAUUGCGAGUAACGCGGUUAAUG